UGCACCUUAAGUUUCGUUGCCAACCGCUAUUAAAACUAAAAGAAGAAGAAGUAACUGCUGUAAACGAAGGCGAUUUGCGUUUACGGAUCUCGGAACAAAUAUUUGAAACAUGUCCCAUACUAUUCUACUUGUUCAGCCCACCAAGAGACCGGAAGGAAGGACAUAUGCUGAUUAUGAAUCUGUUAAUGAGUGCAUGGAAGGAGUGUGUAAAAUGUAUGAAGAGCACCUAAAGAGGAUGAAUCCUAACAGUCCAUCAAUUACAUAUGACAUUAGUCAGUUGUUUGAUUUCAUCGAUGACCUGGCAGACCUCAGCUGCUUGGUGUACCGAGCUGACACACAGACGUAUCAACCCAACAACAAAGACUGGAUCAAAGAGAAAAUUUAUAUAUUGCUGCGCCGCCAAGCUCAGCAGGCUGGGAAAUAAAAUGUCCCAAAUGUACUGAUCAGAGAGGUUUUA